CUGACUUGUCACAUGAGAUCCGUUUCCUCUGUUUCGACAGACUCAGCUGAAAACACGUCUGCAGCAGGUACCAACACUAGUGAAGUACUUUAAUAUUAUAAAACAGUGGUUUAGUUGUUAUUUUUUUUCUUUUAAUGGAAAAACAGUUAAAGGGAAAUACGAAAUGUCCGGUUGCCGAACUCGGUUGAAAAAACGGUGAUUUAAUGACGCUCGCUCGUGUAUUUAUGUGGAAGAAGAGCGACAUUGUGACGGUUGGAUACGUUUAAAUUACACAGGAAUACUAUUUAAUUGUGCAUUAGAGUUAGGGUUGUACGCCGAAUUGACAUCUGGAUUCUACAAAUUCGACACUUCUUACGACCUUCUCCCUAAAGGACGGAAUUUGUCUUCCCUGGGACAGAAACAUGCCUUCCAAUAGGUCGGUGUCUGACGCUCCCAUCACUCAGUUCAUCAACUGCAGAAUCCUGAGAGAGCACCGGCUGCAGAGAGAGGACCUGUGGGUGCGUGACGGCAGGAUUUUGGAUCCAGAGAAGUUGUUUUUUGACGAGCAGGGUUACGCAGACAAACGUGUGGACUGUGAGGGCGGCAUCAUCGCCCCGGGGUUCAUCGAUGUCCAGAUCAACGGAGGAUACGGCAUCGACUUCUCUCAGGCCUCUGAGGACGUCAGCAGCGGGGUUUCUUUUGUGGCCAAAAAGAUCCUGCAGCACGGCGUCACGUCCUUCUGUCCCACGCUCGUCACAUCGCCCCCUGCUGUCUACCACAAGGUUCUGCCUCAGGUCAAAGUUCAUAACGGAGGAGAACAUGGAGCUGGAGUUCUUGGUUUCCACCUGGAGGGCCCGUUCAUCAGCCUGGAGAAGAAAGGCGCCCACCCGGAGCAGUUCCUGCGGACCUUUGGGUCCAGAGGGAUCGAGGACCUGAUGGAGACCUACGGCAGCCUGGACAACGUUGCCGUGGUGACGCUGGCUCCAGAGCUGACCAGCAGCCAAUCAGUGGUGAGAGAGCUCUGCAGGAGGGGCAUCACCGUGUCCCUGGGUCACUCUGUGGCGAACCUGUCUCAGGCCGAGGAGGCCGUCCAGCACGGAGCCUCCUUCAUCACUCACCUGUUCAACGCCAUGCUGCCUUUCCACCACAGGGACCCGGGUAUCGUGGGUCUGCUGACUAGUGACCAGGUCCCUGCAGGCAGGACGGUCUACUACGGCAUGAUCGCUGACGGGAUCCACACCAACCCCGCCGCCCUGCGGAUUGCCCACAGAGCGCACCCCUCAGGUUUGGUGUUGGUGACGGAUGCGAUCACAGCGAUGGGUCUCCCUCCGGGUCGUCACACUCUUGGCCAGCAGGUCAUUGAGAUCCAGGGUCUGCACGCUUACGUAGCAGGCACAAAGACGCUGAGCGGCAGCAUUGCCCCGAUGGACAUGUGUGUACGGCACUUUAAACAGGCUUCAGGCUGCAGUGUGGAGGAAGCUCUGGAAGCUGCCUCGCUGCAUCCUGCUCAGCUCCUGGGAAUCAGCCACCAGAAGGGGAACCUGGACUAUGGAUCAGACGCAGACCUCGUUUUACUCGAUGACGCACUCAACAUCAAAGCCACCUUUAUUUCUGGAGAGGAGGUUUGGAGAGAAGGACCAUAGAAGAAGAAUCAGCUGGGAACCGUGGUGCCUUCAGGGGAUGCUGGGAAAACCAGAACCACAGAUCUGUUGAAUGUUUUAAUUCAUCAGUUGCUCUGUUAAGAUUUAAAGAUGGGGCUUUAGAUGUCCCACCGUACAGAGGAUAACCCUAAACAUUUUAGAUCUAAUAAAAGUUUCAUCCAUUCAGAAAUGCUUUUUUUGUUUGUUGGACUUUGUUGACAGCCAGUACUUUGAAUUUUUUUUUUGAAUAUUUUAAUUUAAAUAUCUUUUCAAUCACGUAUCGGUCUCAAACUCGUACUGAUAUUACUCUUAUGUCAAUAUUAGUUGUUGUGAGGUUUACUCUGACAUAUUGAAAGUUUUUAUGAAUGAUUAUGUAUUUUUAUUGGCCUCCUCUCAGAUGCUUUAUUUUAAUCGCGUUACUCAGAUGUGAUUUAAAGGGAAACACUUUGCUAUUAAACUGCAUAAAUCAACUUUCA